UAAACAAACCCGCGUUACAACCUCACACUUUGCAAAGCACCCAUCAGCACUGACACGCUCGGUGCACGGGGACGGACGCAGACACGCUCCUCGCACUCGGGAGUUUCAUUUUUAUUUUUUAAAUUUCAUUUUUUUCUACUUUUUUAUACUUUUAGAAAAAAAGUAAGAGGAAGAACGCGAAACUUUUUAUUCCGAUGCCUCUCUAAAAUAACUAAGAUUAUUUUUUACAUUUUUAUAUCACUUCAACUCUUGGUGAUAUUCUGGAUGGAAAUAGGAUAUUUCAUACGAGGUUCUUACCACAUGUAAAGACGGAACCGCUACAGCAAUCCAGCACAGGUUCGGAAGAGCGCGCCCGGCCGAGCUCGGAGCCCCAGCGAUCCGACACUCCCUCUGCGACGCCCGCCGAGUCCUCCCUGCUCCAGGAGCCCUGUCCCGGCCGCAGCCACGCCACCCCUAAACCCCGGACACCCAGCACCAUUCAGCGCGAGGCUCUUUCACCAGAUCUAUGGCAUUCUGACAAUGAACAAGCGCACUCAGUUAUUGGAACAGCUGCAGUUUGUCCAGUUGAAAUGCACACCUCGAGACAUGCCCUGUGUGCAGGCUCAGUACGGGCCCGCCCCUCCAGGCUCAGCCUACUCUGGCCAGUCCUUCAGUUACCAGGGUGACAGCUACGGCUCUGACCUCAUGACCUCCGACUACACCAAGCUGGACUUGGGUGGGGGCGAGAUCUCCGCCGCCGCCACCACCUCCCUCCCGAGCUUUAAUGUCUUCGUGGAGGGGAGCUACGAGCCCAAGUCCUCAUGCCUCUACCAGAUGCCCACACACAGGCCCACCAUCAAGAAGGAGGAGGAGAGUUACCCGACCGCUCCCCCUCUGGAGUCCAUGCCCUCCUCCUCUAUGUACUUUAAACAGUCCCCCCCUUCGACCCCCACCACCCCGUCUCUGCCACCCCAGCCUGGCUCAUCCUUCCUGUGGGAGGAGCACUCGCUGGUCCCUCCGUCGCACCCCCACUCCCUGGGCUCCAGCCUGGACACGGGAGCCCUCAAGUCUCCUCGCUUUCCGCAUUUCUACCAGCACUCGCCGCCUCACAGCGGGGGCAGCAUCGGCGGCUACGAGAGCCUGGGAGGGGGACUGGUCCGCACCUCCUCUUCCUCCUCGUCCUCCUCCUCGUCGGUCUCCCACCCUCACGGUCCUCCUCUGGAGCAGCCCAUGUACCAGCUGCACCGCGGUGCAGGUGGCAGCAGCCUCGCCUUCCGCUCCUUGGCUCUCGGGCCUUGCGGUCCUCUAUUAGGAGACACCCUGCCCUCGCCUCCCCCGCGCGGCCCCCAGGGAGAGGGGACCUGCGCGGUGUGUGGGGACAACGCAGCCUGCCAGCAUUAUGGCGUUCGCACCUGUGAGGGCUGCAAAGGCUUCUUCAAGCGCACCGUGCAGAAAAACGCCAAGUAUGUGUGUCUGGCCAGUAAGAACUGUCCUGUGGACAAGAGGAGACGCAACCGCUGCCAGUACUGCCGCUUUCAGAAGUGCCUGAGUGUGGGCAUGGUGAAGGAAGUGGUGCGUACUGAUAGCUUGAAGGGGCGCCGAGGCCGUCUGCCCUCCAAACCAAAGAGCCCCCUGCAGACAGAGGCGUCUCCUCCCUCACCGCCUCUCAGUCUGCUCUCCGCUCUGCUCAGGGCUUAUUCCCACUGCACACCUCGAGACCUUGACUACAGCCAGUUCAGUGCUGCAGAUCCUCCAUCCUCUUCAUCAGAUGCGGAGCACAUUCAGCUCUUCUACAGGCUGCUCACCAUCUCGAUGGAGACCACACGGUGCUGGGCCGACCGGCUGCCCGGCUUCUCCGAACUCCAGCGUGACGAUCAGAACCUGCUCAUCGACUCGGCCUUCCUGGAGCUGUUUGUCCUGCGAUUGGCUCAUAGGUCGAUGCUUUCGGAGGAUAAGCUCGUGUUCUGUAACGGCUUGGUGCUGCACAGGUUUCAGUGCCUUCGUGGGUUCGGAGAGUGGCUGGACUCCAUCCGGGACUUCUCCACCCACCUCCAGAGCCUAAACCUGGAUGCCUCUGCCUUCGCCUGCCUGGCCGCCCUCGUACUGCUCACAGAACAAGUCCCAGGUCUAAAGGACUCGAAGCGGGUCGAGGAGCUGCAGAAUAAAGUGAUUUGUUGUCUUAGAGACCACUUGGGCUGCGGCCCUUCUUCCUCCUCGUCCAAGGCCGCUCCCCCGCUGAGCCGCAUACUUGGUUUAAGGGCAGAGCUGCGCUCCCAGAGGACCCAGGGCCUUCAACGAAUCUUCUACCUGAAGCUGGAGGACCUGGUACCGCCUCCUCCGUUGAUUGACAGGUUCCUGGACACUCUGCCCUACUGACGGACCGGGGAGAAUUCACAGAGAUAAACCUACGUUAUGUCCUGUUCAGGCGCCCACCCCGCUACCCCACCCUGCAAAGGAGCAUGCACACACACUCAGAAGAGAAACACACUCCCUUCUGGCCGAUGCAAAACAGAGAGAACCAAUCAUACGCUUCUCCUCAACAGGAUAAUCAAGCAAGAGCGCCUGUCACUCGAACGGACAACCACAUAACGCUUUUCACCUGUAUAGAAGACAUUUAUUCCAACGCUUUACCACUUUUUAUUUGAUUCUCCUGUUUUUCUCACAUGGGAGGGGCGAGGAUGAUGACGCUGAGAUGGACACAAGAGGAAUGACUUUUCGCCGUCCUCUCUGUCAGGGCGGCAGAUCAAUUGGCAAAAAAAAAAAAGGAGCAGGAUUUAUAAGUCCUGCUUAUCUGUGUUUUCACCCUGAUCAUUCAGUCUCGGCGCAUCUUUCUAGAAAGUAGGAAAGGAGGGACGUCGGAGUGGAAGAAUGUUUUAGAGCUGUCGAUGUUGAACUGAAACACAGGUCACCUCCUGCUGAAAGGAGGAAGGUGGCAUUUUCAUACUGAGAUGGAAGUGUCAGAGGUCAAACACCACAUGCCUAGAUGGAGAGAGAAAAAAAAAACACAUUGCAACGCAGCGCAGAUAUUUUAUAGACACAUGGAAGUGACUGUUGAGGUGGGCUCUUAAUUACAAGUGCAAUUUCUUAAGUGCUAUCUCACCGCAGGUGGAAGAGAAGGGGAAGGAAUGGGCUAACGUCAAACUCUAAAUUAUUUUAAUACAAAGACUUGUCGUGUACUGUCAGUAGGUAAAAAGAAAGAGCCAGUCUCCAUCUGGCUUUAGACAGCAGAGGAGAUACUGUGCAUUAACGAUCGAUGACUGAGUCACCCAGACUUGAACUUACUCUACUUUUAUUUUAUGUUUUUUUUUUUUUUUUUAUUAACUCAUUUUGCAUUUUGAAAUCAUAGGUCAAGUAGGAGUACAGAGGAGCAAACAUGGAAAGAUUCAGCUCUUGAAGCACUUAACCCUGAAAAAAGGGCUUAGAAGCACAGACACACACCCGGCCGGCUCGUCCGGAGGAUGGCGGCGAGUCAGUGAGAGGAGGGUGCUCGACAGAUAGCUGUACGUCCAGGGGGUGAAAACAUUCCACAUUCAUGCUCUUUUUUUCUUUUUCAUUUCUAUUGCGGAGGCUGUGUGAGAGUUCGGACGACACGGCUGCAUACCGUCUUUGUGUGUACGCUUAGAGAAAGCCAGGAUCAUAUGCAUGGUGUGUUAUAAGCUGUCAAAAGCUGCCAUAGCCUGUCGGAACAGCUUGACCUGUGUUUGUGUCUCAGACUGCAGCUCUACGGGGUUUUCCCUGGGCCUCCAUCACCCACUCACACACACGGCAGCAGUUUUAAAAAAGAAAGAAUUCUAUAGAUAUGAAUAUAAAUAUAUAUAUAUAUAAAUAUAAAUAUAUAUAUAUAUGUAUACAAAACUAAUAUUUUGAAGUGUUUUUAGCUUUUUCAAAUAUUGUGGUACGAGUUGUGCAUUGUUUUUUGAAAAAGAAAAACAAAAAAGAAAAAAAGUUGCUGUUUUUUCAAUGUCCCUCUUUGGUUAGAGUUUCAUGUUCAUUUUUUUUUUCUUUCUCUUUGGUUCACUGGAUUUUCUGUUCAGCACUUUGAAAUCAUAAACUAGUUCUGAUUAUUCCGA